ACAAAAAAUGUAUUCAACAGAAAAAUUAUCAGUGCACAAAAACAUCGUGAGGUUUACAAACGUAUUUUUUAUUGCAUGAAAUAGCAAAAACCAAAAACCUUAACAUUAUUUAAAACAAAUAAAUUAAAAAUAAUACCAUGUUUGUAAAAAGUGAAUCGUUAAACAUACAACUACCACAAUCUCCCGAAGAAUUUGCUGGUCCAAAAAAUGCAGAAUUUAAUAAACUUCUUGAAAAUCCCAAGCUAUGGUCUAGUGUACCAUUGUUAAAUUACACUCCUUUACAUCAGUUAAAAGACAAUACAUUAGUAAGAUUUAGAGGUAUGAUACAGGAUAUGCAAGAUCCAGAAAUAUAUCUGGAACGAUACGAAUGCAAGAAAUCAGAUGGUUCUGGAACUCGCAUACAAGAGGGUAAAUAUAGAGAUUGCCUAUUGUUGGAGCGAGGCGAAGAAGUAGUCUAUGACUCAAGUUCGAAUGUACAGGGUGAGAGAAGAACUUUAUUUGUUAUCUCUAUACCGGGAAUAAAUGACUGGACGAAAGAGUAUGAGGAAAACAGCAACAAAGCAAAUUUGCCGGUAAUAAAUAUAGAACAACGUGAAAAUGUCGCUGAAGGAGCGAAAAAGAGAUCAGCUCCACUAGACGAUGAAAUGGAAAUUGAUCGUCCAGAUAGCAUAACUCAAGUUGAAAACAAAUCAAGUGUAGAAGCUACAACACGUCCGAAAGUCGAUACUGCAAAUGAACAGCAGUCAAACUCUUCCAAAAAUACUGCCUUAGGUGCUGAGUAUUUGUUAAAUUCUCCCAUACCUGAAAGACCCAGUAAAGCAUGUAUGAUUAAAGUAUAUAAAGACUUCGAUACAUAUACCCUCAAUACGGUUGUUGAUGUCAUUGGUUUUCUAUCAGUAGAUCCUUCACUUGAUGCCUCUAGCAUGGAGGUGGAUAAUUUUGAAAGUACUACAGAAAUACAAGCCCUUAAUCCUCCUCCAUCUUUAAUACCCAGAUUACAUGCUAUAGCCGUUCAUAAUUUACCUCAUGUCAAUCCCCUAAUGGAUCUACGUUUACCCAUGGUAGCUAGUAACAAGGAAAACAUAAACAUACAAGUUGUACAGAAAGAUCUACGCAUGCUUUUAACUUUAUGUCUUUUCAAUGAUGACUUGGCUGCAGAUUAUUUGCUAUCACAUCUCAUAUCAACAGUUUAUAGUCGUUGUGAAUUACAAAGUAUUGGUAAAUUUUCUCUUAACAUUUGCAACAUUCCCAAAGAGGCAUUGGCGGAUUACACAAAACAAUUGUAUGAAAUACUCGAAUUAAUAAUACCCGCAAGUCAUUAUUUACCCAUGACUUUGGAUACAAUGAAUACCGCUGCAUUUGUUCCUAAAAAAGAUUACGAAACAAAUAAAUUGGUAUCCGGUUUAUUGCAAUUGGCACCACAGACUCAUUUAAUACUUGAUGAGACUCAUAUGCAACAGGGAAAAUUAGAAGCCAAUGGAGUUAUGGGAAUACAAAGCAUUGCUCAUCUUAUAAAUCAUCAACAAAUUAAAUGCAAUUUCCAAUACUAUGAUAUAGAUUAUAAUGUAGAUAUACCAGUGUUGGUGCUGAGUGAGGGACGAAGCAUGUUGCCGAGCGACAUAUCAUUGCCCCUUAAAACCAACACAGAGUCUAUACAACUAAUAACUGAAACAUUAAAGGCGGCACAUCAUUAUCUUAAUCAAAAUUCACGUCUUGAUCAAUUUCGUCGCUUCUUAACGUUGGCAAAAACUUCUCAAUUUUCUAUGAAUCCGGAUGAUACUGAAAUGAUACAAAAUGAUUUCGUUGAAAUGCGCAAGGCUGAUUCAGUCACAAACGCAGAUGAUUUACAUUCUCUUUUGGUACUGUCGCGUCUAUUGGCUAUUGCCCAGGGCAAAGAAAUACUCGAUAAGGAAUCUUGGAAUAUGGCUAAGGAAAUGGAAACAAAACGGCGUCAACGUUUAAGUGAGCUACCAAAAUCUACAUUGCGUUCGCGCCAAUAAUAAUAUAUUUUUAGAGUUAAUACUUGUUACAUUUUAAAUAAAGAAAAUAAAUUAUUUCUUACUAUUUCAA